AUGACCUCGCUCGAGCCACUCCCUCUCCCCAAAGGUCUUGAGGAGUCUUACAUCGAUUGCACUGAUUCCUGUGGUCUUGUCUUUCAUAUCGUUACUGCUGGACAGAAAGACAAGCCUCUCAUCCUCCUGACUCACGGCUUUCCAGAAAUAGCCUUCUCAUGGCGAAAGAUCAUGCCAGAUUUAGCAGCCCGAGGAUACUACAUCGUCGCACCUGAUCAGCGUGGAUAUGGAAGGACUACUGGCUGGGACACACGAUCUUUUGAUCAGGUUGACCUGAAUCAAUUCACCAUGACGAAUCUGGUCAGAGAUCUGGUAUGCUUGGUCUACGCAUUGGGACAUAAGGAAGUGCAUUGUCAUAUCGGACACGAUUUUGGCGCCGUCUCCAGUGCCAUGGCUCCACUGAUGCGACCGGACAUGUUCAAGAGUUGCAUCCAAAUGUCGCAUCCUCACCAUGCGCCGCCAACUCCAUGCUUUGAUGUCGAACCUUCCUCGGGACCCAUCAAGGAUCCAGGGUCUUCACCAAGCGGCAAAAUGGAUAUCCAAGCCGAACUGGCAAAACUCGACCCUCCAAGGAAGCACUACAAAUGGUACAACUCAACGUCGAAUGCUUCUACAGACUGGGAGACGGCAUCACAAGGACUGCAUGAAUUUCUACGUGGGUACUUCCACCUCAAAUCAGCAGAUUGGGCAGGAAACAAUCCGAAGCCUUUGGAAUCUUGGACGGCUACGGAAUUGGAAAAGAUGCCAAACUACUACAUCAUGCCAGAAGAGUGCAGCAUGCCAGACACAGUGUCCAACAUGAUGGAAGGGGAAGACAGGUCUACAAGCACGAAAUGGCUCUCCGACAAGGAACUCGACGUCUACGUCAAAGAGUGGCAGCGGGUUGGGUUUCAAGGAGGAUUGAACUGGUAUAGAGCGCAGACCAGCUCAUCACGAAUCCAGAAAGCCGAUGUGCUGUUGUUCGCGGGCAAGAAGAUUGAGGUGCCUUGUGCAUUUAUCAGUGGUGAGAAGGAUUGGGGUAACUAUCAGCAGCCUGGUGCACUUGACGGAUAUAAAGAGAGUUGUUCAGACUUCCGAGGCAUCACUUUUAUUCCGCAUGCAGGACAUUGGGUGCAGCAAGAGCAGGCUCCCCAGGUGGUUGAAGCGGUGUGCAAGUUUCUCGAUAGCCUGUAG